UUAAGAAUAAUCACAAACUCGAACAGUGGCUCAGAAAGAAGAAAGUUUUCGUGAAAGUUAGACGUGCACAACUCUAGAACUCAACACCACGGUCCUAGUGCUGGAAUAUUCGGUCCAAGAAUUCGGUGACCUCGAUUUUCUCCACAUUGUACACUUUUUUUUACAAACUUAUAGAGACUUUGAUUUUAUUUUAUUUUGUUCGUUUGUCAUUAUCGUCAUCGUCUUCGUUCGUCGUGGUCGUGGUCGUGGUAGUUUGUUGUUAACUUAACUCGCAGUAGCCUUUAUUACCAUACCAUAUCGUAUAGUCUAUAGAAACCGUUGUGUUUACUCUGUCCAUUAGAUACAAGAUACAAAUCAAACGAAGCGAGAAAAAGUUCCUAUACAAGUUGUGUGGCAUAUUUUCGGUGAAAAGUGUUAGAGCGUUGGAGAAUCAUGUGGAUUAGGCACGUAUUUUUGGCGUUCCUGUGGCUGCACAUAGCCUUCGCCCACACAACUCAGCGACCAAGUCGCGAUGAAGCUGACUCCAAUCCGCUCCUGGAUAUGGCUUCUAUGUUCAUUCAGGAAGCCCUAAGUGGCCAAGGUGGGAAAUCAGGUAGUAGCGGCGGUGCUGGUGGAGGUGGGGUAGCCCUAGCAGGAGUUGCCUCUUUGAUUGGAACACUUAUGCAGGCCAACAGUGACUCAGGUUCAGGUGGUCGCGGAUCUGGAUCGCCGGGAGGAGCUAUGCAAAUUAUAUCCGGUCUUGGCAGCUUGCUGGCAGCGAACGGAAACGACAACUCCGGAGGCAGUGGAUUCGAUCCGUCAAUCAUUGGCAACGUAAUUGAAAUGUUCACGAACAGUGACGCCAACGAUAACGGUGGUGGCUCACGCCAGAGACGUGAUGCAGGCAAACAGCAAGGAGGGGGAAUCGGUUUGGACUCGGUUCUGCAGUUUGCAUCGAUGUUUAUGGGCUCUCAGGAGCCGCAGAGGAAUCACCACCAGCAAAAGAGAUCGAUACACGACAACAGCGUCGAGCAAGACAAUGGCUUACUGAGUCUGUUGCCCAUGGUCGUGCAGGCAUUUAAUUCUUUUAGCGGACCAGAAGGCAAGCGCACUCAAGAGAGGCACAGAGACCACGCAUGGGUGCUUCCUCCAUACUUGGAACAUCUUCACGUCUUAUGGGACCAUUUCUCGAAUUCCGAUUUGGCCGAUGCGCUUUACCACAAAUCUGGAUUGAAUGCAAUCUUCAUGGGCUUCAAGGGGCGCGACGGAAAGUUGGACUACAACAAACUCUUCGAUUCUCUCAACAAUCAAUCUUUCCGCCGUCGCUGGAUCAAGGCUGCCACUCUCUAUUUGGCUGACUGGGCGGGUUACUUGGCCAAUCCAGAUGUGUACUUGAAAUACAUUCAAACUGCCCAAAUUAUGUUCAAUGGCUUCCUCAAGUCUCAAGGAUACCCUAAAUCUACUUUCUUCGAGCCCAGCCGCGCCAGUGAGACCAUCUCGAAUCUCUUGGACUACAUCGCCAAGCACCAUCUCAGUGUUAAAAUCGAAUCAAAGACCUACGUCAAGCCAGCUGUUGGCUACGCCAAAGAACUACUCAAAUUGGGUCAAGCACGAGUUCUGCUGCAGAAGUUCAACGCCACCGAGCUCAGCGAUAAACUAACUGACACACUUAAUCUGGAAGUGAUUGAACCAGUUCUCAAAGUCCACAGAGCCUAUCGCUUUGUCACCAGAACCCCGCACUGCGACAAAUAUGUGUUGUGUGAAUUGAACUCCGAGGAGCAGCCCAGCGCCAAGAACAACGGAAUAGUCACAGGAGUUAAGCCAAAAAUUGUCAAAGUCGGCAGCAUGGGAGCAGCUUUGUUCUUGAGUGCAGAAACUGGAACACCAUUUUGGACACUAUUCAGUGUCAUUACAAAGGCGAGUAAUUGCGAAACUAAGUACCCAGUUGACUGCAGCGGAUUCCACGAGGGCGAAGCCAGAGUGACCACAGAAUAUAUCCACAAUGAACUGUAGAUUGAGAUGAAGAAACAAUAAAACUGGCAAAAAUUAAAGUAAACUAUGUAGCUAUGUAGUCGUUUAAAAUGUAAAUAAAUUAUAUUAAACAAAAAUUA